GGAGCCGCGAUGAGGCGCGGCCGGUGUGUGUAGCGCGUUCGAGUGAGCCAGUUCACGUCGCAGGAGAAGUGACACGUGGUGGUGACCGCAGAGAGAGCGGGUGUGGAAGUGUUUGUGUUUGUGGUGGCGGCGCAAGGGCGGCUGCGGCGGCUGCGGCGGCCCCAUGCCGUGCGAGCCCCCCUGGUGGAGCUGCGGCGGCGACUGCCUUCCCCUCCACCUCCCGCUGCGCCGGCAGGCAGGGCCUCCCCUCCCCCACCACCACCACGGAGGCGGGAGCGUCGCCCGAGCCUCUCUGGGGUGACUCCGCCAGCAGCGACAGCGUCGGCAGCGGCGACUGCGGGCGGCGCGGGCGGGCUGCAGGCGGGUGCUGUGCGUGGGCGCGCGGGCUGGGCGGGGCGGCCUCGCCCUCCAAGCUAUGCCCGGGCGGCGCCGCGCCCUGCUUCAUGUUCAUGUUCCGCUCCAGGAAGAACGCCCUGGUGAAGCGAGCCUGGAAGGCGCGGCGGGCGGGGCUCGGCGACGCCCGCGAGGACGUGCCGCAGGCGCUCAAGGGCGCGGCGCUGCAGCUUCUCCGCCGCCUGACGGAGGCGCAGCUGGACCUGCUCGUGACUGCGCUUGACUCCGGCGGCGUCGAGCCCGGCGAGUGCGUGCUCGUGCCGCGGGCGACCGACGCGGGCGUGGGCGGUGCCGCCCUCGCGCCACACCUCCUCAUGGUCAGGGUGUGGCGCUGGCCCGACCUCCACGACGCCCCCGGCGCCCAUGGCAGCACGCCUCUCCGCCGUCUGCCCUGCUGCGCCGCCCGCAACGACCACGUCUACGUGUGUGCCAACCCAUACCACUGGGCCCGAGUCCUCCAAACAGGUGUCACGGCGCCCGGCAACAACGCCCGGCCAGUCGGCGGCCCUUGGGUGGCGUGCGGCGGGUCUCCGGAUGGGGCGGUGACAUCUUAG